AUGUCGGUAGUCCCUCGGGCUUUGAUUCGGUAUUCCCUGGUGGCAUUACCAGUGUCCCAAGCCAUAGACAAAAUUAGGUUCUGGGAGGAACCUGGCCAGGCUACCGCUGAUCGGUUCUCACGUCAUCCUCUGUCUCAGGGAUCUAGGGGCCCCCUACGUAAAACCGUGACUAGUUCGCCUAGUGCAGGAUAUGAUGACGUGGCACGAACGAGCCAUGAUAGUAUCGACCAUUAUCGUGAGAUAUCUAAUCUUCAAGAAUUUAACUGGAUUCUUCCAUCAAACUAUCAAAGUAUAGACUUGCUUGGUGCUUUAAGUGACGCUAUUUGUACCUUUGAAAAGAAAUUUUCAGGUUGGCAGUCUUGCAUUCGUUCAACUAAGAACAGGUGUCUAAUAUUAAGAGACAUUGUUUGGACAUGCUUUGAGACUUUUGGACCAAAUGUGGAACAAUCUAAAAUGAUUUGGAUAUAG